AUGGAAGUGAAAUCCCUUCACCUGAUAUGUGUUGUACAGGUUGUACACUCGUUCAUCUUCCAGCCAGAGCAACAGCAGCGUCCUAAUGUUUCUAUAGUAACGACACAGUGCGGUCAGGUGAUGGGGCUCCACAAUGGUAACGGCUAUUCCUACAAAAGUAUACCCUACGCCCGCCCUCCAACCGGAAGUCGACGAUGGCAGCCUCCUGAACCCCUAAGCCGAUCAGACGGGACAUGCUGGUCUGGGUUAUAUAAUGCUACAGAGUUCGUGUCCCAGUGUGUACAGUGGAACGACGACGCGACUGAUGUCGUUGGUACAGAGGACUGUCUCCACCUGAAUGUAUGGUCUCCUACUGUGGGACCCACGGCUAACCUCCCCGUCAUGGUUUUCGUACACGGCGGCAACCUAGAGUACGGAAAUAGUCAUGACAGCACAUACUCUCCUACCGAGGAAUUGGCACGUGACACACAGGUGGUAUAUGUAAGCAUGAACUAUCGCCUUCAUGCGUUCGGCUUUAUGGCACUGGAUAUAUUAACACAAAACUCCAAAACCAACACGUCUGGGAAUUACGGCUUUAUGGACCAGAUACUCGCACUUAAAUGGGUUCAGGACAAUAUCGGCAACUUUGGAGGUGAUCCGAAACAGGUCACACUGUUUGGUCAGAGUGGAGGAGCCACUGCAGUGAUUGCCCUGGUCACCUCACCUUUAUCCAAGAACCUUUUCUCCAAGGCCUGGAUUCUCAGUGGAUCACCUAUAUUUACCACGAGUUUGGCCCAGGCCUCCCGCGACAACCUUAGUUUUCUGAAUAACACCGGAUGUACGAACAUCACAUGUCUCCAACAGCUGUCUCCAUUAGAGGUGACCAAGGCAGUCGAGUGGGAUUCCUUUCCAAACUGGAACGAGAAUGAUCAAUACAUACUUCCAAAGCGCGGGGAUCACGAUGGAUCACUUCCGGUUAUAGAUGGUUAUGUGAUGCCGGAGUCUCCUCAAGAUGCCUGGCUCCAUGGUAAAGCCAACGACGUGCCCCUCCUCAUAGGAACAAUGGCACAAGAGUUGGAUGACGUCGCACCCGGAAAUGGAACCUGGGCCGAUUACGAGGCUCUGGUAAGAGAAUACCUCGGCACAUACAGCAAUGACAUAGCCGAUAUGGCACUCCAUCUAUAUCCGGUUGGUGAAGUCAAUCCAAGAUAUCAGUUGGCAUGUAUGAUAACAGACAUAAGAGUUGGUUGCGGAAAUGACGUCAUGGCCCUUUACGCAUCAGCGAACAAAGCCCCGGUGUACCGAUACGUCGGGGUUCAUCAGCCGUCGUCCCCGAUUUCAGGUUACGUGUAUUCUUUCCAUACAUGGGACGUGUACGCCUUCUUUGGCGCCAUAAAAGACCUAUUAGACCAUCCAACCGCAACUGAUUACAUGUUCGAAGCUAAUAUAAGGCAGGAAGUCAUGUCAUUUGUACAUGAUGGCCGCCCGCACACGUCAACAUGGCAGCCUUUCCCUAGAAACAUAGGACUGCUGUCUGACACUACCUCUGUCGUCAACAGCUAUCAUUCAUAUCAGUGCAGUUUUUGGAUGAUGCAGGGAUUUUAUAGAUCAUCAUGGGCGAAUUAA